GCAGUGUGCGUUGUAUGAACGAGUUGGAUUCUCGCAAAGUGAUCGCAUCAUUAACCUGUUUAAGCCGUGAAGAGAAGUAUAUCGAUAGAAAAAGAAGCAGAAAGACGCUUUUUAACAGCAAAUAUAACUAACUACCUAAUUGAGUGUCAGUGAAGUGCGAAGCGAAUUAAACCAGCCAUGUCUGGAUGAUUCACGCCGAUCAGACGGUUUAUGUUUGUAAUAAAUUAGGAAACGUGUUUUGGUCAGUAUUCGGCUGCUUUCAAGUUCAGCUAGGUGGAAGUACUAAACGUUGUUAGUCUAGAUAACUAUUUUGGUGCUCACCGCUUCAGUUCAACUUAUUUUAAACACCGUUGUACAUUGAACAGAUUUGGAUGUCUGUAAUAGAAGCUUGGCUUACGGUUUCACGAGUGCUCCACGUGACAUUUUUAAAGUCUAAUACGAUUGUGGUAUAGUGUUACUGUUUGACGAACAUUAAAAUUUAGAAUUUAGAAUAAAAAGCUACUGCAGUUGUCAAUCAACAAUUACAUCGUGAUGAUCGUUGGAAAACUUUCGAGAUAAAGCUUGAAUCGGAUUUGCGAAAAAUCUUUUGAUAUAAAAAUGUCUGCAACAACCGACACGAGUGCUGCCAAUAAUAACGACCACAGCAGUAAUAACAAUAAUGUCACCUCCAACGUUGAAACGCAGAGCUUGGAAGUCCAAGUUACUAUCAAGGACUUACCGAUUACCUUUAAAGUCAAGUAUUUGGGAAGCCAGUACGCGAGAGGAUUGUGGGGCAUUAAGCACACGAGGCGACCCGUUGAUAAUCUAGUCAGUGCAGCCAAAAGCUUACCGCCGAAUCGGAUUCUUCCGUUCUGUAAUCUAACGGUGUCAUUGGAUGGCGUUAGAAUGGAAACGAUCACCUCCAAGCAAAGUUCGCUGACAAACUUCACCAUCGACACUAUCUCCUAUGGUGUGCAGGAUCUAGUGUACACGCGAGUGUUCGCCAUGAUCGUCGUCAAAGAGAAUUAUAACCUGAAAGACGAGAAUCCUUUUGAAGUUCACGCAUUCGUGUGCGAUAGCCGAGCAAUGGCCCGUCGUUUGACGUUUGCCCUGGCUGCAUCGUUUCAGGACUAUUCAAAACGUGUCAAAGAGGCUGAGGAGAGUAACGUCGGCGAUCCGAAUCACAAACCAUUACGAAAGAAGUUUGCCAUCGACUUGCGAACACCAGAAGAGAUCCAACAGGAUAUCACCGAGCAGGAAACGGAAGCGUGAUUUCAUUUUGAUUGUGAUUUUGUUUUGUUUAUUGUUACAAUGAAUCCAACGGAUGUUUAUUGAUGCAAGGAAGAAAAAAAACAGUGUUGCGACUAGUCCUUUUACAUUAUAAAACAUUUAACCAUAAAGCAGCGAUAGAUUAGUAAAUCACAAUGUGAUUCCCAGCUCGGGCUGGGGAGCGUGGUCCAAAAGUACAUAACUACAACAUACCAAAACCGAUUGACCUUUCCACAACAA